UUUCAUUCUCCCGACUAUAAUAUAGUAUACUAUUAGGUACCUUGUUAAUUAUUAUACCAUUUAUACGUACAGUACUGCAGCGAAUAUAAAAUGUUUACAGUUGAAUUUCAAUUUGUUAGGUAAUAGAUAUUUAAUACCUAUAUAUUAUAGGUUUUUCCCAUAAAUCUAUAGUUUAUAGGUUUUCCACACAUUGAUUAAAAAUCAAAUUUUUUUUUGAUUUUAUUUUACAUUUAAAAAAUGGGUGAGAUUACUUGUGAAAAUUUUUAUUCCGAAUUGCCGGUUAUCGAAAGCGCAAUCAAAGAAUGUGCUUUUAUAAGCUUAGAUAUGGAAUUCUCAAAAUUAUUCGACAAUAUAUCGAAGCCAUUUAGUUUAUUCGAUACAACUGAAGAACGAUACAACAAAUUGCACCAAAAAGUAUCUGAUAUAACUUGUAUUCAGUUUGGUAUGGCGAUUUAUGUUUAUGAUGACAAAAUUAAAACAUUUAAAACGAGUACCUACUCAUUUUAUACAUACCCGCAGACAUUUUAUAAGUCUGAUAGUGUGGUCAAUUUUCAAACAUCAUGUGUUGAAUUUUUAUGUAAACAUAAUUUUGAUUUUAACAAGUUAUUUCAUAGUAGGGUACCAUAUUUAACCGAUGAAGAAGAAUUAAAAAUAAAGUCAGAAAUGUUGGAUGAAUUUUUUUUUGACAAAUAUUUUGAAACUAAUAUAAAAUUUCGUUCUAUUGAAGAAGAAUUAAUGAAAGUUUUAAAAAUUGUUUCUGAAUGGUAUGAUACUGCCAAUUAUGGAGAGCAGACGUUUUUAGAAAUAAAUGGAUGCAAUGAACCUGCAUAUACUAUAUUAAUGCAAUAUUAUCUUCUGAAAAAGUUAAAAUAUAUACUCAUAGAUGAAAGUCAAUUAGGAUUGAAUAUUACAAAAAUAGAAGCUAAUACAAAUUCAGAAAUAUUGAAUAAAACAAUUCAUGAAAAUCUAAAAUUAAAUUUAUUAAAUAAAAUGAUGGGUAUCAAAUAUUUAAUGAAACUAAUAUCAAAGUUGAAAAAACCGAUAAUUGGGCAUAACUGUGCUUUAGAUAUUUUAAUUUUAUCUAACCAAUUUUUCACACCCUUACCUGAAAACUUCAAAGAUUUCCAAAAUUUUGUAUUCAACAACUUUGGACCAAUUUAUGAUACUAAAUUAUUAUGUAAGGAAGUUAAACGUAUAGUAUCUAAAAAUGAUAAAUGGAUUGGAAGUUCUCUCCCGGAAAUAUAUUCUUUUUUAAAAGAUGGAGAUGGCAAAAAAUAUUCAGAUACUAUACGUAUUCAAUUGACUGGUAUUGAAGAACCUCAAGAUAUGAAAUUACACCAUGCUGGGUGGGAUGCCUAUUACACUGGUUAUUGUUUUGUUAGAAUGAUUCAUAUUAUUAAAAGCUUCUCUAGUAAAACUGAAAAUAUGAGUCUGAGAUAUACCUUAACAGAACUUUUAAAAUCAAUAGAAUUUUCUAAGAACAAAUUGUUCACCAGUCGAUCAAUUUCAAAUAUUUUGGAUUUGGAGGCAAAUGAUCAUCAUAAUCCCACAAAUUAUUUAAUUAUUCAGAAUAAAGGAAUUCUUUAUAAGGAAUUGGAUUUAAAAAUACUUAAACAAGAUCUCCAAGAAAUUUGUAAUUUUGAUAUAAAAUUACUUUCAAAGUAUACUGCAUUGGUUGCCUUCCCUUUCAUGCAUAGUCGUAUCAUUUAUAAACUAAAGACAACCUACAAUGUGGAAAAUUAUUCAAUAUAUCAAAGGAAAAAAACAAACAAACAAAUUAUUUGCCUCAGUUUAGCUAUAAUAACUACUUGUGUAACAAUUAUGAAAUAUUUAAGAAAAUGAUUAAAGAUAUUCCAUAAUUAUCACAACAUGGUCUGAUACAAAAUUCCUGAUGCUUGUUCAAAAUGAUUUUUGAUGUAACAUUAUUACGUUAUUUGUAGGAUCAUACUUCAUAACAAUAAUGAAUUUCUGACUGACUGACAUAUAUUAUAAGUUAUAAAAUUGUUUAUACUUUAUUUUUAUUUCAUUGUUAUAUCUUAUUCUAAAAUCAAUAGUAAAUAUAUAAUAAUAUAAUUUAAGUUUGUUUACUACAUAUGUUAAAAUUCUUGGUUGCAUAAAUAAAAUAUUAUAUUCUAGG